AUGACUACAACAGACGAAAACAAAUCGACUUAUUUCAAAGAGUCUGGAGAACGUGCUGGAUUAAGUAUGGAGCGUAUGGAGGAAUUGGCAAGGACGGAUCGGUUUUUUAACGAAUCGAAUCAAAUGUAUCACAUCAAUGGGUACGUAUAUAAUAACCACCCUGUCAUCAAUUUGGCCUAUGGGUCACGCGUACGUUGGUAUGUCAUUUCGUUUGAAGAAAAAGAAGAAGACAAACAUGUUCCUAUUGACGAUGAAGGGGACAAUGAUGUCCAUACAGCACAUUGGCAUGGCGCAAGUCUUUUAUAUCACGGACGAAGAGUGGAUGUAGUAGAUUUGACACCCAUCAGUUUCGAAGUGGUUGAUAUGGUACCCGAUAAUGUGGGGCAAUGGCUGUUCCACUGUCAUGUAGCAGCUCAUUUUGAUGCGGGCAUGAGUGCUUUUUAUCAAGUGGAGGAGGUAGUCUACACAGGUGAUGAAGGCUGGGGUUAA